GUUACUCCCCUCUUCCUCACCUGCACCAUGUCUCGAUUCGCUCGACCGGAGACGGUGCUCAAACGAGCCGAAGAGCUCAUCAAUGUCGGCCAGUCGCCUGCAGCGCUCCAAGCGCUGCACGAUGUCUUUACCUCGCGUCGCUUCAAGCAGACGCCCCUCACGACGCUGGAGCCCAUCAUGCUGCGCUUCACCGACCUCUGCGUUGACCUCCGCCGCGGAAGGACCGCCAAGGAUGGCCUGCUCCAGUACAAGAACGUGAGCCAGAACACCAACCCGGCUUCGAUUGAGCUCGUCAUUCGUCACUUUAUCAAGCUCUCCGAGGCAAAGGUCGUCGAGGCCCAGGGAAAGGCUGAUGCCGCCGCCGCGGACCUUGAUGUCGAUGACCUCGAAGAGAGCGAGACGCCCGAGAACAUGCUUCUGGGCGCCGUCACAUCAGAGGAGACCAAGGACAGGACCGACCGUGCCCUCGUCACGCCCUGGCUCAAGUUCCUUUGGGAGUCGUACCGCACCGCGCUCGACAUCCUCCGCAACAAUGCCCGCCUCGAGAUUCCCUACCAGCAAAUUGCGCACCAAGCCCUUCGCUUCUGCCUUCAGUACCAGCGCAAGACGGAGUUCCGCAGGCUGUGUGACCUGUUGAGGGCACACCUGGCCAAUGUCGCGCGCUACGCUCAUCACUCGCACGCCAUCAACAUCACCGAGCCCGAGACGCUGCAGCGCCACCUCGACACGCGCUUCGCCCAGCUCAAUGCCGCCGUCGAGCUCGAGCUGUGGCAGGAGGCCUUCCGGUCCGUCGAAGACAUUCACAACCUCCUCGUCAUGGCCAAGAAGGCUCCCCGUCCGUCGAUGAUGGCAAACUACUACGAGAAGCUGACGCGCAUCUUCAUGGUCUCGGACAACAACCUCUUCCAUGCCGCCGCCUGGAACCGAUACUACGCGCUGGCCCGUGGCGGCGUCAAGACAGAGGAGGAGCACACCCGAAUGGCCUCGUACGUCCUCCUCAGCGCUCUCGCCGUGCCCGUCAUCUCGUCGAGUGCCCCCGGCACCGGCAACAUGAACCGCUCUCGCUCCGACUUCAUCCUCGGCGACCAGGAGACCCGCAGCCGUACCGGACGCCUGACGUCGCUCCUUGGUCUCUCGCGCACGCCCACGAGGGCGGGCCUGCUCAAGGAGGCCCUGAAUCGCAACAUCCUCAAGCGUGUCAAGCCCGAGCUGCGCGAGCUGUACAACAUCCUCGAGGUCGAGUUCCACCCGCUGAGCAUCUGCGCAAAGAUUGAGCCCAUCAUUGAGCAGAUUGCUCAGGACCCCGAGAUGGCAAAGUACGUCAAGCCGCUGCACUCGGUCAUUCUCACCAGGUUGUUCCAGCAGCUCAGCCAGGUCUACGACUCGGUCAAGCUGCAGCGAGUCAUGCAGCUCGUCUCUGCCUUCAAGGCGCCCUACAACUACACGCCUGCCGAGAUUGAGAAGUUCGUACUCAACGCAUGCAAGAAGGGACACUUGGACAUCCGUGUCGAUCACGUCGAGCAGGCCAUCACAUUCCAGGAUGACCCCUUCGAGGCCGAGUCGCACCCUUCGGCUCAGGCCAGCACGAGCACGAGUCACAACGGGGCUGCCACUUCCGCCGGUUCGUCCUCUGGCCACCUGGCCACACCCGACUCAGAUGCCGUGAGACUGCAGAGCACGCCCAGCGAACUUGUUCGCACUCAGCUGUCUCGCUUGGCUACCUGCCUCGACACAACGCUCAAGACAAUCGACCCCAACAUUGUCGCGGCCGCACAAGAGGCCAAGCUGAGCGUCUUUGCUCGCGCCGUGGCCGUGGCCGAAGAGGAGCACAAGGCUGCCAUUGCCCGCAAGGUGACGCUGGCCAGGCGCAAGGAGCUUCUCGAACGGCGUGCCGCAGAGAGGGACCAGGCCGAGGCCACUGCCAAGGCCGCUCGGGUCGCCGCUGCUGCCGCCGCCGAGCAGACUCGCAUGGCCGAAGAGACGAAGCGCCGGGAGCAGGAGCGCAUCAAGAAGGAGCUCGAGCAGGUCCGCAUCGAAGAGGCCCGCAAGAUGGCCCAGUCGCUCCGGGAAAAGGGUGGCCUCAAGCUCACCGAGGAGGAGUUUGCCAACCUGGACACCGACAAGCUUGUCCAGCUCCAAGUUGAGCAAAUUGAAAAGGAGAAGCGCGAGCUUGCUGAGCGCCUUCGCAUCAUCCACCGUCGGAUCGAUCACAUGGAGCGCGCAUACCGUCGUGAGGAGAUUCCUCUGAUUGGAGCCGACUAUGAAAGGCAAAAGGCAGAGGACCGCGAGUACCACAAGCUUGCCCGCAAGACGCUUCUGGAGACGAGCAAGGAGAAGCACGAGGCCGACUUGGAGCUGAAGAAGAGACUGUCGAGGGUGCUUCCAGACUACCACGAGCUGCGCAAGGUCAUCGAGGGCAAGCGACUGUCCGAGGUGCAGGAGCGCAAGAAGCGGGCCCAGGAGCAGAUCGAGAUCGAGAAGCAAAAGAGACGGGUGCAGGUUCAGCAGGAGCGCGAGGAGCAGGCCGCGCGGGAGGAAGAGGAGAGGAGGCUCGAAGCCGAGGAGGCCGAGAAGGCCAAGCUGCGCGAGGAGGAAGAGGCACGCCUGGCCGAGGAGCGCCGGCUGCAGGAGGAGAAGGAGAAGGAGCUCGAGUCAGUCAAGAGGGCCGAGAUCGAGGCGCGCCAGGCCAAGCUCAAGGAGCAGGCAGAGAAGCAACGUCAGCGCGAGCAGGAGAUCGAGGACAAGAUGAAGGCGCGCGAAGCCGAAAAGAGGCAGCAGGGCGCUACGCCGUCGGCAACGACCAGCAACGACUCGCCCUGGCGUGGUCGUGCCGCUGCUGGUGCCGUGGCAGAUGCCAGGGCAAGCCCCAGCCCAGCUCCGCCGACGUUUGUCAAGGCGAGCGGUGCUGGCGGGUGGCGAGAGCGACUUGCACAGAGGCAAGCGGCCGGCGAGUCGUCGCCCGCCGAUGGCGCGACACCUCCGAGAAGCGCCUCGGGAGCACCGACGCAGGCGAGCAGCCCGUCUGGAAGCCCUGCGCCCGAGUCGCGCCGCCCUACCUUCUUGGGAAGAUCUGGUGCUGGUGGCUGGCGCGAGAAGGAGGCCGCCAGACUCGCUGCCGGUGGCUCUUCUCCCGCCGCUGCUGUCGAUGGUCACAGUGAGCCCAACAGCGGUAACGCCUCUCCCGCAGCGAGAAAUUCGUCGCCGGUCCCUCCGUCUGCAUCUGCUGCCGCCUCUUCUGGCGCCGGCGUCGACGAUGGCUUCACAGAGGUUAAGCCCAUCAAGAAGUCGUACGUGCCCCCUGCAUUGAGGAACCGAUCUUGAGCGACCUGUACGCAAAAGGCAGAAGCACCUCUCCGAGAUUUUCUCAAAGAAAAACUUGGUGGGACUCACCCCACCUUUUCCCCCCUUCCUUUUCUUUUAACGCAUAACCUCUCCUUUUAUCGUUUCCCCUUUCAUGUCCUCAUGUUCCCUCUCCAAUCGAGCAAAAUUGAUGACAAUUUUUCCUGCCUGUGGGUAUCGAAGUUGAUGUGAAGGGAUUUCCGGUAAGUCAAAGGUAAAAGAUGCUCGGAAGGCUGCAGAGCUCGCAGCAGAGGUAUUGCCAAAAGAAGGGCUCGCAACAAUCUCUGAAUAGGCGCAAGAAGCCAUGCUGGGUAACAUUACAGUGAUACA